AUGCCUUUGGAAAGCCUUCCAAAUGAGAUCCUUGGCGAAAUCAUACAGAAGCUGAUGGAAGAACACUAUAGCAAUGUGUAUUCCAAUCCAACACUAUCUCUUAACAGGUGCUCAAGACAUCUUUACAAAGCUUCUAUUUCAAGCUUGUACCGCGAUGUUAUAAUAACAGGCCCAGAGAUGUUGGACCUGUUUAUGAAAACCAUCGCCAAUCGCUGGGAACUCGCGAUUUUGGUGUAUUCUCUAGACCUGACCUAUUUCGAUGAUCAUCAUGGUCCUUAUGAUCGAGACACCGAGCAGAUAUGCUAUUUUGUAGAGUCGGUAGAUCAUACGGAUGAACAUGUCCCUCCUUGUGUUUUAAUCAGAAUCAUAUGGGACAUGUGGGGAUACAUUGACUGUAAACACGGAAACACAGCUUGUUUAGGGCCCAAAAAGCCAUGGCAUGACUCUUUAUCUCUAAGAUUGCUCCCUAGACUAGAGAAGAUCUCCUUUCCUAGUUUUGCUGCUCCACAAGCACGACUAGAUUCUCGAUCUUUUUGUUAUGCUGCUUUGGUCGCUUCGCAACCCGAGACGCGAAAUGAACGGUCCAAGGGUCCAAUGAGUGCUCUGCACAAUCUAACUCUCGAGGGAUCUUAUGAGAGCGGAUUAAUACAGAUAUUCCUUCAGCUCUCGAUGCUACAGACACUCACUUUGCGCUUUUUAAUUAUUCCGAGAAGGCCGAGUAGACCGAACAGAUCGAACUACGCAAAAUUCAUGGAAAACUGGACAUUACUACGAUUAAAUAUUACUGCCACCAACAUCUCUUCCAGAUAUCUCAUCCCAUUCCUAAAAAGUUUAAAAGUCUUGGAAACAUUGCAUUUCGACGCACAUCCAUGGCAGCUUUGUGGUGAAGAAGAUGAGUACAACAUUGAUUUUGGGAAGAUUAUUGAAGGACUGUCUCAUCUCAAGCAUACUUUGAGAGACUUGAGAGUGAUUCUAGGUACUCAUGCACAGAGAAGCUCGGAUUUUUCGGUCCUACGAGACUUCUCGGCUCUCACGGUAUUGGAGAUUAGCGUUUGGACUUUUCUGCCGGCUACAAACGUUGCCAUGUCACCAAUUUUAGGCUCGGCUUUGAACCAUGUAUUUCCUCAUAAACUGCAAUUGCUAAAACUCAAUUGCAGAGGAACAGCCGUGUGUAGUCUAAAGAGUAUGAUACAACCCAUGAAAAGGCUGGUGGAAGAAAUGAAGGACGGCACGACAAGUUUGAAGGAGCUUCAUCUCAAAUAUUUUCCUGGGCACGAUUAUCACUCCUUCGCAAGCCAUACAGAAUGUGGACUAUACCAACGCCAUCCCUUCUUAGCGGAGCUCUCAGCUGAGUGUCAGGAGAAUGGGAUUACUCUGAAAGUUUUGUGA